AAGAGCGGGCGCGCGGGCCGGCCCCGGGGCCUCCAUGAUGGAGGAGCGAGCGGCCGCCGCGGUCGCUGCCGCCGCCGCCUCCUGCCGCCCGCUCGGCUCCGGCGCCAGCCCGGGCCCGACGGGGGCGUCCCCGGCCUCUGCCCCUGCCCCCGGGCCCGGCCCGGCUGGUAAGGGAGGCAGCGGCGGAGGCAGCCCCGGACCCACGGCGGGGCCGGAGCCCCUGAGCCUGCCCGGGAUCCUGCACUUCAUCCAGCACGAGUGGGCGCGCUUCGAAGCGGAGAAGGCCCGCUGGGAGGCCGAGCGCGCAGAGUUACAGGCUCAAGUGGCCUUCCUUCAGGGAGAACGGAAAGGGCAGGAGAAUCUCAAGACAGACCUAGUGCGGAGGAUCAAGAUGUUAGAAUAUGCGCUGAAGCAGGAAAGGGCCAAGUAUCAUAAAUUGAAGUUCGGGACAGACCUGAACCAGGGGGAGAAGAAACCAGAACUAUCAGAACAAGUCCCCAAUGGCCCUGUGGAGUCGGUCACCCUGGACAACAGCCCACUGGUGUGGAAGGAGGGGCGGCAGCUUCUCCGACAGUACCUGGAAGAGGUGGGCUACACAGACACCAUCCUGGACAUGCGGUCCAAGCGCGUGCGGUCCCUCCUGGGCCGCUCAUUGGAGCUGAAUGGCGCCAUGGAACCUAGUGAAGGCGGUCCCAGGGCCACGCCGGGCCCUGGGGGGCUCACUGGUGGCGAGUCACUGCUAGUGAAACAGAUCGAGGAGCAGAUCAAGAGGAAUGCGGCGGGUAAAGAUGGCAGAGAGCGCUUGGGUGGCUCGGUGCUGGAGCAGAUUCCCUUCCUGCAGAACUGUGAGGAUGAGGACAGCGACGAGGACGAUGAGCUGGACAGUGUGCAGCAUAAGAAGCAGCGCGUGAAGCUGCCCUCUAAGGCCCUGGUACCCGAAAUGGAGGAUGAGGACGAGGAGGAUGACUCAGAGGAUGCCAUCAACGAGUUUGAUUUCUUGGGCUCCGGAGAGGACGGGGAGGGCUCUCCAGACCCUCGGCGAGGCACAGGAGAGGGGACCCACCGUGAGCUGGAAAGCCGGCGGGUCAAACUCCAGGGAAUUUUGGCUGACCUUCGGGAUGUGGAUGGGCUGCCCCCCAAAGUGACCGUUCCACCUCCUGGCACACCCCAGCCCCGGCCACAUGAAGGUUCCUUUGGCUUCUCCUCAGACGUUUUCAUCAUGGACACUAUCGGGGGCGGGGAGGUGAGCCUGGGGGACUUGGCAGAUCUCACCGUCACCAACGACAACGACCUCAGCUGUGAUCUCUCUGACAGCAAAGAUGCCUUUAAGAAGACAUGGAACCCUAAAUUCACCCUCCGCUCACACUAUGAUGGCGUCCGCUCCCUGGCUUUCCACCACAGCCAGUCGGCCUUGCUCACUGCCUCUGAGGACGGCACACUCAAGCUCUGGAACCUUCAGAAGGCCGUCACAGCCAAGAAGAAUGCUGCACUAGACGUGGAACCCAUCCAUGCCUUCCGGGCUCACAGGGGCCCCGUGCUGGCCGUAGCCAUGGGCAGCAACAGCGAGUACUGUUACAGCGGCGGGGCAGAUGCCCGCAUCCACAGCUGGAGGGUCCCGGACCUCGGCAUGGACCCCUAUGAUGGUUACGACCCGAGUGUCCUGAGCCACAUCCUAGAGGGCCAUGGGGACGCUGUGUGGGGCCUGGCCUUCAGUCCCACCUCCCAGCGCCUGGCCUCCUGCUCCGCUGAUGGCACCGUCCGCAUCUGGGACCCCAGCAGCAGCAGCCCAGCCUGCCUCUGUACCUUCCCCACGGCCAGUGAUCACGGGAUCCCCACCUCAGUGGCCUUCACCAGCACCGAGCCUGCCCACAUCGUGGCUUCCUUCCGCUCUGGCGACACUGUCCUGUGUGACCUGGAGGCUGGCAGUGCCCUCCUCACGCUUGAGUCCAGGAGUAGCAGUGGCCCAACCCAGAUCAACCAGGUGGUGAGUCAUCCAAAUCAGCCCCUCACCAUCACUGCCCAUGACGACAGGGGCAUCCGCUUUCUGGACAACCGUACAGGGAAAUGCGUGCACUCCAUGGUCGCCCACCUGGAUGCUGUCACCUGCCUAGCUGUGGACCCCAAUGGCGUAUUUCUGAUGUCGGGAAGCCAUGACUGCUCCCUGCGUCUCUGGAGCCUAGACAACAAAACCUGCGUGCAGGAGAUCACGGCCCACCGCAAGAAGCACGAGGAGGCCAUCCACGCUGUCGCCUGCCACCCCAGCAAGGCCCUUAUUGCCAGUGCAGGCGCUGAUGCCCUGGCCAAGGUCUUCGUAUGAUACCCACCUGGCCCUGUCCUGGCCGCCACGCUGGCUGGGGAGUGGGGCCAGGCAGGUGGGACUGAGGUGACUCAGCCUCAGUCUGGAGGCCCAGAGGCCCGGCCUCUUCCCACCUGCCUUGGAGCCUGGAGGUGCUAACGGCCCCUUUCCCAGGAGGCCUUCCCCCAUGGCCUGCCCAUCCCGAGCAGCCAGCCUGGAGAGCCCCCAGAGGGAAUCACCCUCCAGAUGGCCUCUGGGAGUUUCCUGUCUGCCUUGACACCUGCUGCUGGUCUCUGAGCUGCCUUUUUGGGGGGCAGCACCACCAGGGCUGGGUGUCAUUGGGGAUCAGCUCUUUUAAGAUGCCAGAAGGUGUCAGGUUCUCUCCUUGAACCUGACCCCUCUUUAUCCUUCCGGACCUGGGUGGGAGCUGUGCUGGGAGGAACCCCAGGCACCCCUGCUCCUCCCUGCCAGGGGAGACAGGAACCAGCUGGACCCCAGGUUGUCCUCAGUGGGUGGGCCGGGCCUGGCCCAUCCAGAAGCACACCCAGUGCACCCUCCUCCUCUCCAGUCCCUCAACACAGCUUUCCAGACACUACCCAGUACCUCCCAGGCCAGUAACGGCCUGGGGAGCAGGUGAUGUCCUCCGGGGAGGUGUAGCUCCCACCUCCCCCGUGGGCAGCCCCCCAGUUCUCCUCGGGGUCACCUGUGGGGAAAGUUGGCCUUCUCUUGCCCCUUCCUGGGACAUGGAGGUCAGUGGAGUGGGUCCUCCAGGCCCCCAUAACUCCUUGUACAUCUGUAUAAAUAAAUGGGAUUUAAAUGGAGCCCUGCCCCCACGUGGUUAUCACUGUGUGAUAGUCUGUCACUCUCCUCCUGGCCCUCCACUCUCUCCUUCUAUUUAUUUCACUCUUUUUUGGGUUCUGGCCCCUCCAGGUUCUUGUUUGUAUAGCCCAUCUCCUCUGCCCCGGACUUGUAUGUGAAACUUGUCUCAAUAAACCCUUUGGAGUAAGA